ACCAUUUUAAUCCCGCAUGAAUCGUCGCUUCCUCUGCUGCGAGAGGAAACCAGUGAUGCGCCGCUGCUCGGUCAUUGUUCGGCGUUAACUGAAUGGGAACCUCUCCUGCACUCAAAGCCAUCUAAUUGUUUUACCCGCCGCGUUUGGCAGGCAGCUUUCGGGUGUUUCAAAUUAGAUUUCGCAAGCAAAACGGCGUAAAAAUAACGCUCAGUGCUCGUAAAAUCGAGCGUACAGGUUUGUUUUCCGGGAAGCGAAAAAAGGGCGUUAACUGGACCGGACUGAACUAAGCUAGGCUCCUGUGAUUCCAGGUUAACUCGCUCGGCCACAAGUCUCAUAUUUAUCCACCUGCUGCGCGAUUUUUUUUCUUUUACAUCUACAAACAUAGAAGUUAUUAAAGCCAAACCUAACAGGAAGGCUAUUUUUCGACGUUUUUUUGCCCUCUCGCCGUGUAAAGUGGGAGCUCGGUGGGCAGGUGUGUGCCUGUGACGCGAAACUGGGUGUCCGACAUUCCUCAGAAGGGUGCAGGUGUCUGCGUGCUGGCAAAACUGACUCACUGAUCGUGGGAUUUUUGGAAAAGUAGUCUCAAACUUUGGUACUUCUGCGUUUGUACAGGGCAGCUGCCCACACAGGAGCCAUGGCAAGCAAGGAGGACCUGAUCGAGAAAGCAAAAAUGGCGGAGCAGGCUGAGCGCUAUGAAGACAUGGCCAGCCUUAUGAAGCAGUGUACAGAAGAAUGUGAUGAGGAACUCGACAACGAGGACCGCAACCUGCUCUCUGUUGCCUACAAGAACGUGGUGGGGGCUAAGAGGUCCUCCUGGAGGGUGUUGUCCAGCAUGGAGCAGAAGGCUGACAAUGAGAAGCUCAAGGAGUUGACUAAGAAUUACAAGGCAAAGAUUGAGAGUGAGCUGAACGAAGUCUGCCAAUGUGUACUGGAACUGCUCGAAAAGCAUCUGAUCCCCAAAGCCAAAAAGAAGGAGAGCCAAGUCUUCUACAUGAAGAUGAUGGGAGACUACUACCGUUAUAAGGCUGAGGUGGCCUCUGAGGACAAGUGUAAAGCUGAAGUUGAAAGCUCACAAAAAGCCUACGAGAAGGCCUAUGAACUCUGCAAGGAGGAGAUGCCGUCUACACAUCCCAUCCGCCUAGGCCUCGCUCUUAACUACUCUGUCUUCCACUAUGAGAUUGCCAACAAUCCUAAAGAAGCCUGUGAGCUGGCCAAGAAAGCCUUUGAUGACGCCAUUGCCGAACUGGAUACUAUCAAGUGUGACUCGUACAAAGACAGCACCUUGAUCAUGCAGCUGCUCCGUGACAAUCUGACACUGUGGACUUCAGAUUCAAGCCAGGCUGAUGGAGAGGAUUCGGAACAGCAGACAGCCGAGUAGCACCGCACACCAGGAAAAAAAACAAAAACACAAAAUUUUUACCUCUCACCAGCCUAAGUUGUUUGUCUGGAUGUGUUUGCACAUACGUGCACAGAUAUGUAUGUGUACACCCCACUCACAAUGUGUAAAGUACAGUUUGUGUGUGCAGAUACAUUGAAGUGUGUGUGUGUGUGUGUGUGUGUGUGUGUGUGCGCGCGUGUUAACUGUAAGAGCACCUCCACAGAGAAGAUAAUGGAAUAGAACUUUUUGUUUAACAUUACACUCAUUGUGUUGAACCUUUUUUUGUCUGUAGUUUAGCCCCGUUGAAAUCCCUCCUUUACAUCUAAAUCAGCCCCAUGCUCUUUAACCUUGAUCACUGUAGCAAACAAAAACAACAAACAAAAAAACCUCUUAAUGUAAUUUUGAAAAUGUUUGUGUUUUUACUUGAACUCAACAUUUGCAGACUUUCAGACACUUUGAAGCAUGUAAACCUUAAAAAUGGUCACAGCCAUUCAUCUCAUCAGGCAAUAUCCGUGAGCGUAUGGAUGGCAGAAAUUAAUCUGGUAGAGAUCUGUAACCAUAUUGCUCAGUGUCUUUUGCAGCAGGUUGUGUUUUUAGCGUUGAUACCAUGUGCCAUGUCUCAGUGGGUUCUGUGUGCUUUCGGGCAUAGGAGAGGUUUUCUGUACGACUGUCUACUUUGUGAAAACGGUGGUUAGACUUUGGUCGGGAGGAUUACAUUCCAUUUUACUGACAUCAUUUCACUCGCAGUGAAAUGUGUAGGCUAUAAUUUCCUGCAGUUUCUCAUAAAACACAACAAGGUAUGGACAGCCUACGAUAAAGUGAACAACUUGACAAAAUGGCUUGAUACUGUAACUUUUUGAUAUUUUAUCUUUAGGCAGUAGAGAGGAUACUUUUGCCAUGUGCUUUUACAUGGCUUUCUACUCUUUUCUAUUCAGGUGUUUUUGUAUUUUCUUUUUUUUGUAUUUUAUUCCUUUUUGACUCAUGGAAUGCAUGUGGUUCUCAGUAGUCUGGUGUGAGGGUUAGCUGUGUCUUUAAAACUGGCAAGUUUUGCUAAGGGUUUAUCAUCAACCAGGGUGGUUUACAGUAACUUAUACCUUCCUUGAAAGAACAUUGUGAAACAACAAGCUAGGACAAUGCUAAAUAUACACUUGUUAAAUUAACUUGGUAGAAAGCUACGUUACAACCAUUUAGUAGUUACAAAGUAGUGCUGGUUUCUUCUAAUUACAGUGUAUUGGUUUCAAAAAGAGGGGAUGCAGGAUUCAGAAGUUACACUCGGAGUACGUCAUUUGGUUAUGUGGUUUCAUGUAAGUGGAAUUAAAACAUUGAAAUCAA